AUUGGUCCAACCGAAUACAGUGUUUCUCCGAGGCUCCUGCUACAGUUCGUUACCGACAAAAUACGUUACACUUACAACUGGCUAUGAAAAUAGAUAAUUCUCUUAACUUUUAGUUAAUUGUGUAGCGAAAUAAUCACUUAAACGUGUUGUUACUUUAGAAACAGUAAGGUUACGGUGUCUUGCGGCUCCGUCUCGUCGGUUUUCACUCCGGGAGAGAAGAAGCUUCUUCAUUUGUUGUGAACAUUGUAACGCUGUUUACUUUCGGUAUUUUGGGGAAAGUCCUGGCCUUAAACUAUUCAUUGAUGGUCUGCAGUAGAACCUGAGGUAGCGGGCCUAACCGUAGCCCAACAUCAUGACCGAGAGUUUCAGCAACAUCGAGGAUGAGGCAUUCCCCAGUUUCCUGUCUAGCUCUGUGGGCAGCAGCCGUGCCACCCUGGGGAACAUCACCCUGGCCUCCACCCUGGGGCUGCCCGUAGCUGCCUCCACCGUGGCUAAAAUUAGAGCUGGGGCCGACAACAGAGUAAAUGCUGUCCAGGCGUCAUAUCUGGAGGACGGACGGCUCUCUCUGGCUAACUCUCAGUCCAACAACAAGGAGCAGGGACAAUUCGCCCUCAGCUUCAAAGAUGAGCUAGAUGAUGCAGAUGACUUCAUAGCAGCCAACCGGUUCUCAGACAUGCUGGUGAAGGUGAAUCUGGACGAGACAGAGCCCAGGACUAGAGCCUCCUCCCUCGGCCCCAACACCCAGACUGAACCUCUCCCUGCAAGACACUCUGACCAUAGAGACGGUAACACUGUACCAUUUACCUUGGUUUGUGGUUUUGUGUGGCUCAGUUGGUAGAGCAUGGUGCAUGCA